UCUGGCUGGAGCGGGGGGAGGGGGGUUCUUGUCAGUUAGAGCAACAAGAUGGCCGCGGUGGCAGCUCCGCACCUCAGCGCGACGGCCCCGGGAGCCGCAGCCGCCGUCGCCGACCGCGUCGCUGCGCAGCCCUGAGAGCCGCCCGGCCGCCCCGGCCGUCCCCGUGACAGGCCGUCCCCGCGCCGUCGCGCUCCCGCGGCCGCCGCCGCGGGCCCGCCCGAGCCGGAGCCCGAGGCGGAGGGAGCGGAGCGGCCCCGCGCUCAGCCGCCCGCCGCCGUUGCCGCCUCCUACCCGGACUGCGUCCGAGACCGAGGAACGGGGCGCGUCGCGGCGUCGCGGGCACUGGACCUGGACCUGCCGGGACGUGCCGCCGCCCACCCGCCGCCCGCGCCGGGUCUCGAUCCCGCGGCGUCGGCACUGAGCGGGCCCCCACCGCCGGAACGCCUCCGAGGGCCCCGGGCGGCCGAGAGCGACUUCGCCACCGCCAGGCCCGCGCCGCCGGAGCCCCGCGGAGCCGCCGCCGGGGACGGAGCCCAGGGUAAAAGAACAGGAAACACGAGAAGAGGAACGUUUGAUGGAAGAAAAGAAAAAGAAAAAGCAGGAAGACAAGAAAAAGAAAGAAGGUGCUCAGAAAAAGGCUGCUGAUCAAAAAACCAAAGUGCCAGAACUUACUAAGAACUGUUCAAGCCAGCCCCAACCUGCCGGUACCAGUACUUCCACCAGCACUAUCUCUAGCAGCAACAAUGGCAAACGUGCAUCUGCCUGUGGCCAGCAGACAGCUGCAUCCCGCUACCUGCCUCGGGAGGUGCCUCCACGCUUUCGCCAGCAAGAACAGAAGCAGCUGUUAAAGAGAGGCCAGCCAUUGCCUACAGGGACUCUGACCAGUGUGAGCCCAGCACAGGCUGCUGGACCUUCAGGAGCAAGCCCUCCUCCCCUCCCUGGAGCUGGAACACAACUGCAUCCCAGCAAACUCCAACCAGAUCUUGGUCAUAGUGGAUUGGCAGAGCAUUAUGAAAAUUCCCACUGGGGACAGCAGCCCACGUACAGAAGUGAAGCCAACUGCAGCUGGGAUAAAGUGACAAUAGACAGGACUGACCAGGAGGUGUGGCCGUCCAUCCCAGUAACAGAGACUGAAUCUGCCUCAGAAUGUCCUACAGACACUGACUCUGCCUCCAACUGUGGCUCAGAGAACAGUAGCAUGGCUACAGGGAGCGCCCAGGGCAGCUUCACAGGACAUCCCAAGAAGACAAAUGGCAAUAAUGGCACCAAUGGUGCGCUCGUCCAAAGCCCUUCUAAUCAGAGUGCCCUUGGGGCAGGUGGAACCAACGGGAAUGGAGGUGUGGCCAGAGUGUGGGGUGUAGCCACAGGCUCCAGCUCUGGCCUGACUCACUGCUCUGUUGGUGGUGGAGAUGGAAAAAUGGACAACAUGAUUGGAGAUGGGAGAAGUCAAAAUUGUUGGGGUGCUUCCAACUCCAAUGCGGGCAUUAAUCUCAACCUUAAUCCUAAUGCCAACCCAGCUGCCUGGCCUGUACUCGGGCAUGAAGGAACUGUGGCAACAGGCAACCCUUCCAGUAUUUGCAGUCCAGUCAGUGCCAUAGGUCAGAAUAUGGGCAGCCAGAAUGGGAACCCAGUGGGCACCCUAGGUGCCUGGGGAAACUUGCUGCCCCAAGAGAGCACAGAACCACAGACGUCCACUUCUCAGAAUGUGUCUUUCAGCGUACAACCUCAGAACCUUAACACUGAUGGACCAAAUAACACUAACCCCAUGAACUCUUCACCAAACCCUAUCAAUGCAAUGCAGACAAACGGACUGCCAAACUGGGGCAUGGCUGUUGGUCUGGGGGCCAUCAUCCCGCCCCAUUUGCAAGGCCUUCCUGGUGCUAACGGAUCAUCAGUCUCUCAAGGCAAUGGAAGUGGUGGGGAAGGAAUGGGCAGUUCUGUGUGGGGACUGUCCCCUGGUAACCCUGCCACAGGAAAUAACAGUUCUGGGUUCAAUCAGGGGAAUGGAGACACUGUGAACUCAGCAUUAAGUGCUAAACAGAAUGGAUCCAGCAGUGCUGUGCAAAAGGAAGGGAAUGGAGGGAAUGCCUGGGACUCGGGACCUCCUACAGGUCCUGGUAUCCUUGCCUGGGGAAGGGGCAGUGGCAACAAUGGCAUUGGUAAUAUCCAUUCAGGAGCUUGGGGCCACCCCAGCCGAAGCUCUUCUAAUGGUGUGAAUGGGGAGUGGGGGAAGCCCCCAAACCAGCAUUCCAGUAGUGACAUCAACGGGAAAGGAUCAACAGGGUGGGAUAGUCCCAGUGCUGCCAGCCAGACACCUGCCUUGCAGCCUGGCAGUGAACACAUGAGCUCAUGGGCCAAAGCCACAUCUUCUGGAACUACAGCAAGUGAAGGAAGUAGCGAUGGGUCUGGCAGUCACAAUGAAGGAAGCACUGGGAGGGAAGGAACGGGAGAGGGCAGGAGGCGAGACAAGGGGGUUCUAGACCAAGGGCACAUCCAGUUGCCAAGGAACGAUCUUGACCCAAGAGUUCUGUCUAAUACUGGAUGGGGACAGACUCCUGUAAAGCAAAACACUGCCUGGGAAUUUGAAGAGUCCCCUAGGUCUGAAAGGAAAAAUGACAAUGGGACAGAGGCCUGGGGUAAUGCAGCUACUCAGCCUUCAAACUCAGGGGGGAAGAGUGAUGGGUCCAUCAUGAACAGUACAAAUACCUCUUCAGUAUCGGGGUGGGUCAGCUCACCACCUGCCGCCGUGCCAGCAAACACGAGCUGGGGAGACAGCAACAACAAAGCGCCAAGUGGCCCAGGAGUUUGGGGGGACUCUAUAAGCUCUACUGCUGUUAACAAUGCUGCUGCCACCAAGAGUGGCCAUGCUUGGAGUGGGACCGUAAACCAAGAGGACAAAUCACCCUCCUGGGGUGAGCCUCAGAAACCCAAAUCCCAAAACUGGGGAGAUGGACAAAGAGCAAACCCAGCCUGGAGUGCAGGAGCAGGCGACUGGGCAGAUUCAUCAUCUGUUCUUGGACAUCUAGGGGAUGGGAAGAAAAAUGGAUCUGGAUGGGAUGCUGAUGGUAAUAGGUCAGGAUCUGGUUGGAAUGAUGCCACGAGAUCUGGGACCAGUGGCUGGGGCAGUGGCACAAACGCUAAGGUGAAUCCUGGUACAAAUUGGGGGGAGUCUCUCAAGCCUGGUCCCCAGCAGAACUGGGCUCACAAGCCCCAAGACAACAAUGUGAGUAACUGGGGAGGAGCUGCUUCUGUUAAGCAGACAGGGACAGGGUGGAUUGGGGGGCCACUGCCAGUCAAGCAGAAGGACAGCUGUGAGGCAACUGGCUGGGAGGAGCCUUCCCCACCAUCCAUCCGACGCAAAAUGGAAAUUGAUGAUGGUACCUCAGCUUGGGGGGACCCAAGCACCUACAACAAUAAAACUGUAAACAUGUGGGACAGAAACAAUCCAGUCAUCCAGAGCAGUACCACAACCCCUGUCACCCCCACGACCCCCACCUCGAGCAGCACCACACACCAAACCGAGACGCCACCUUCACACCAGGCUGGCACUCAGCUGAAUCGGUCACCACUGCUUGGGCCAGUUUCAUCCGGCUGGGGAGAAAUGCCCAGUGUGCACUCCAAGGCUGAGAACUCAUGGGGAGAGCCGUCCUCCCCAUCUCCCCUGGUCGACAAUGGCACAGCAGCAUGGGGGAAGCCUCCUAGCAGUGGCAGUGGAUGGGAUCACCCUGCUGAGCCAGUGGUGCCAUUUGGAAGAGCCAGCGCUCCUGCUGCUGCCCCAGCCCUGUGCAAACCAGCUUCCAAAUCUAUGCAAGAAGGCUGGGGCAGUGGUGGGGACGAAAUGAACCUGGGCACCAGCCAGUGGGAGGAUGAGGAUGGGGACAUGUGGAAUAACGCUGCCUCUCAAGAAAGCAGCUCAUCCUGCAGCUCCUGGAGCAAUGCCUCAAAAAAAGGACUUCAGAAGGGCAUGAAGACACCUGGCAAGCAGGAUGAGGCCUGGAUCAUGAGCCGACUGAUCAAACAACUCACAGACAUGGGCUUCCCGAGAGAGCCAGCUGAAGAGGCCUUGAAGAGCAACAGUAUGAACCUUGACCAGGCCAUGACGUUGCUCUCUAUAUGUUGUACCCCAGGCGCUCUGCUGGAAAAGAAGGUGGAUAUGGACAAACGUGCACUGGGAAUGACCGACUACAAUGGAAUGGUCACCAAACCCCUCGGCUGCCGCCCACCAAUCUCCAAAGAGUCUUCCAUGGACCGCCCCACCUUCCUUGACAAGCUCACCCUUUCUUUCUCCAAUCAGGAUGGCGGCCUCGUGGAAGAGCCCACGACUUCACCGUUUUUGCCUUCCCCAAGCCUGAAGCUCCCCCUUUCCAACAGUGCACUCCCCAGUCAGGCCCUGGGUGGGAUUGCCUCAGGGCUGGGCAUGCAAAACUUGAACUCUUCUAGACAGAUCCCGAGUGGCAAUCUGGGUGUGUUUGGCAAUAGCGGAGCAGCACAAGCCAGGACCAUGCAGCAGCCGCCAGUGCAGCCUCUUAAUUCCUCCCAGCCCAGCCUCCGUGCUCAAGUGCCUCAGUUUCUAUCCCCUCAGGUUCAAGCACAGCUUUUGCAGUUUGCAGCAAAAAACAUUGGUCUCAGCCCUGCACUAUUAACCUCGCCAAUUAACCCUCAGCAUAUGACGAUGUUGAACCAGCUCUAUCAGCUGCAGCUGGCAUACCAACGUUUACAAAUCCAGCAGCAGAUGUUACAGGCCCAGCGGAAUGUUUCCGGACCCAUGAGACAGCAGGAGCAGCAAGUUGCGCGCACAAUCACUAAUCUGCAGCAGCAGAUCCAGCAGCACCAGCGCCAGCUGGCACAGGCCCUGCUUGUAAAGCAGCCUCCACCACCACCACCCCCGCCACACCUGUCUCUGCACCCUUCUGCAGGCAAAUCGGCCAUGGAUAGCUUCCCCCCUCACCCCCAGACUCCCGGCCUUCCCGACCUGCAGACCAAAGAGCAGCAGUCUUCACCCAACACCUUUGCUCCUUAUCCUCUUGCUGGAUUGAACCCAAACAUGAAUGUCAACAGUAUAGAAAUGAGCAGUGGUUUGUCUGUGAAGGACUCAUCUCAGUCCCAGUCACGCCUCCCUCAGUGGACACAUCCCAACUCCAUGGGUAACUUGUCUAGUGCUGCUUCUCCCCUGGACCAGAACCCUAGCAAGCAUGGUAUGUAUGUCCUGGGUGCUAUCCCUGGAGGUCUAAGCAUUGGGCCUCCAGGUAAGUCCUCCAUUGAUGACUCCUAUGGCCGGUACGAUUUAAUCCAGAACAGUGAGUCACCAGCCAGUCCUCCCGUAGCUGUUCCCCAUAGCUGGUCACGUGCCAAAUCUGACAGUGAUAAAAUCUCAAACGGCUCCAGCAUCAGCUGGCCCCCAGAAUUUCAUCCCGGAGUUCCAUGGAAAGGACUUCAGAAUAUUGAUCCCGAGAAUGACCCUGAUGUCACUCCUGGCAGUGUCCCUACUGGACCCACCAUCAACACCACCAUCCAGGAUGUGAAUCGCUACCUCCUCAAGAGUGGAGGUAAACUGUCAGACAUUAAAUCAACAUGGUCCUCGGGCCCAGCCUCUCACACACAAGCCUCUCUGUCUCAUGAGUUGUGGAAGGUACCCAGAAACACUACUGCACCCACCAGGCCACCUCCAGGCUUAGCCAAUCCCAAGCCUUCCUCUACGUGGGGCACCAGCCCCCUAGGCUGGACCAGCUCCUACUCCUCGGGUUCUGCUUGGAGUACUGACACCUCAGGAAGAACAAGCAGCUGGCUCGUUCUGCGCAACCUCACACCCCAGAUUGAUGGUUCUACACUGCGGACACUGUGUUUGCAGCAUGGGCCUCUCAUCACAUUCCACCUGAAUCUGACCCAAGGCAAUGCUGUGGUCCGUUACAGCUCCAAGGAAGAAGCCGCCAAGGCCCAAAAGUCUCUGCACAUGUGUGUACUGGGAAACACCACCAUCUUGGCUGAGUUCGCUGGUGAAGAAGAAGUGAACCGGUUCCUGGCCCAAGGCCAAGCCCUCCCACCCACCUCCAGCUGGCAAUCUAGCAGCGGGGGCAGCCAGCCCAGGCUGGGCUCCUCGGGCAGCACCCAUGGCCUUGUGCGCAGCGACACUGCCCACUGGAACACCCCGUGCCUGAGCAGCAAAGGCAGCAGUGAACUGCUGUGGGGUGGGGUGCCCCAGUACUCCAGCAGUCUCUGGGGCCCUCCCAGUGCUGAUGAUGCCAGGGUGAUUGGCAGCCCCACGCCUCUCAACACUUUGCUGCCUGGGGACCUGCUCAGCGGCGAGUCCAUCUAGGGGUCACCUUCAUCGGGGAGGAGAGAGCUGACCAUGCCAGGCACGGCUCUGAGGCUCCAGCUGAUGGAUGAGCUGCCCCUUCGAGUACCUCUGUCCAGUUCUGAAGAUGAACCUUGGCCUCAGCCCUUGCGAACUGUUGAAGACAGUGCGGGCUGCGUUUGGUCAGUGUCACGUGCUAACGACAGGAUGUUCCUCAUAGCUUUUUAUUUUAUGUCGUCUUAUGUUUGUACGGUGUGUUGUCAUUUUGCGUUUUAAGUAUAAAAGCUGCUUAGAAUAGUUUUAUCAUGAAGGGCACUUUUCAGACUGUGGGCUGGAAAGGGUUAUUUUAUGGCGGGGUGGGGAGACUUGAAGCCUAUUUAAAGUGAGCCUGUGACGAUUAUGCACAUUACCAGAGGCGGCGGGCGGGCGGGCGGGCAGCUGCGUUGUGCAGGCACAGAGCUGAGGCGUGGCUAAUGCUCUGUCCCCCUGGAUCCGCCUAUGCACAUUUACCCUUGUUUCAUUACUUUUUCAUGUCAUUUUUUUUAUCCCAAAAAAUUAUUUUUAAAAAGUUAAAAAAAAAAGACAUAUCAGACAUGCAAAUACUUGAACCCAGCAGGCCAAUACCUAAAUGUGAACACUUCCACGUUGACAUCUGUGCACAGAAACAGGCUCUAGGAAAUGUCCACGUCAUAGCCUACAUGUGCGUGUGUGCUUGUGGAACAGUGCGUGUGCGUGCUUGCACGGUUAGCGUUUAUUGUAUGUGUGUUUGAGAGUGAGUGAGGGAUUUAACUGUGGGUUUCCCUUUUAUUCAGUAUAUGCUUUUUUUUUUUUUUUGUGCAUUGGUCAAAUGUUCUCAUUGUUGUUCGCUUCUAACUUUGCACUGAGGUGUCCCUGCCCUUCCUUCAGCUAAUCCUAAACAGUAAAGAGAACGUGGGACAGGGCUGGUGACAAUUCAUGUGUAAAUGUUUACUCAAGGACUCUGUUAUUGCAUUUAAAGUUACAGUGUAUAUCUCUGGAGAAUAAUAUGUCUAUCUACCUUUAGCAGCUUUUCAUUGUGGACUAAUGCAAGAAGAUUAUUACCAGAGUAUUGCACCAUUUCCCAUCUGGAAUAUAAAGUUAAAGAGAAAAACAAAACUGUUGUUGAACUGUGGCCAUAGAUACUUGUAGAGAAUGGGUGUCCCGCAAGGAGCGGGAACAAGCACUUGGACAUGGGUUGUGACUGCUUUUGGAGGAGCUGUGCUUUGGGCUCCCACCUGUUUACAGACCUUUUUUCUCCUUCAGACUUUAAAAUAAAAUUAAAAAAAAAAUUAAAAAAUUUAAAAGGAAUAAAAAAAAAGACUUCCAUCUUUAAAAAAGGAAAAAAAAACAAGCAAACAAACAAAAACCUAUUUUCAGAAUACAGAUGUGUUACUUCAGAGCUCUGGGAUGGGGCGUGCUGUUCCCUCCAGCCAUCAUGGACUCUAUCAAUUGUCUUCACCCUUCCUCAAGGAGAUGAGGCAUUGUGGUCUCUGUCUUGCACUUGCCGGCUAGCUCUCAGGAAAGCCAGGGCUCCCGGGGGCAGCUCCACACCAUUUCAUGUAUUUUUAAACCCAACUCCUAGCACUGAAGAUGUUAUUUAAAAAAAAAGAAAAAGAAAGAAAACAAAAAAAAGAAAAAGAAAAAAAACAAAAAAAAAACACAAAGAAGAAAAAUACCUAAUCUCUAAUGUGUAGCAGUUACAUAUUUACCAAAUAAUGGACUCAAAA